CUUUACCAAAGCUUUGAUGCAGAAUUAUAUAAAUUCAAUAAGAGAACACUCUUUAAUACAGUUCUGGACUAUCUCUCGAGGAGCACUCAAGGAAAACCAGGCCAAUAUGCAGUUCAAAGUGGUCAUCGCUUUUGCAGUGUUCGCUUGUGCGUACGCGCAAGUUUCCAUGCCUCCUGAUUAUGCCGAAAGGUACCCUGAGUACUACAAGAUUGCGAGGCAGGCAAGCCGUCACCAGAGGGACAUUACUUGGGACAAGCAAGUGGGAAAUGGCAAAGUUUUUGGAACAUUGGGAAAUGACGACUCUGGAGUUUUCGGUAAAGGCGGUUACAAGCAGGAAAUCUUCAACGACGACCGUGGCAAGCUGCAAGGACAGGCUUACGGAUCCAGGGUUAUAGGGCCAAAUGGAGAUACGAGCAGCUUCGGUGGCCGCCUGGACUUUAGCGACAAGAACUCGCAAGCUGCCCUGGAUGUGAACAAGCCGAUCGGCGGUAGAACUAGCGUGACUGCUACUGGCUCGGGUGUAUGGAAUUUUGACAAGAACACGAAACUAUCAGCAGGCGGCAUGGUGUCCCAGGAGUUGGGUCGUGGGAAGCCAGACAUCGGGGUUCUACUUACCCUUUACUUCAAAGUGGUAAAUGUGCCGAGGGUCGCUUUUACCCUGGGAGUGGACGAUCCCCUUCACGGGGAUGAAAAAUAUUUUAUUAAAAAUGAGAAUGGGAAUGGAUAG